UACCGGGCUAGGGGCUAGCGACUGUACCGGGCUAGGGGCUAGCGACUGUACCGGUCAAGGGGCUAGCGACUGUACCGGUCAAGGGGCUAGCGACUGUACCGGGUUAGGGGCUUGCAGCUGUACCGGGCUAGGGGAUAGCAACUGUGCCGGGCUAGGGGAUAGCAACUGUGCUGGGCUAGGGGAUAGCGACUGUGCCAGGCUAGUAGUGGGUUGGUUGGGGGGAUCGGAUCCUUUGGACGGGGGACCUAGACCUAAUGAGUAAUGGAGUCGGGGAAGAACAUGAGCAAAGCAGGGGUUUUGAACUGGACCCCCGCCCCACUGCGCACCUCUCCGCCCAGCUCCGCAACGUCUGAGGAUGGAUGGGAGGACGGAGUUGGUGUAGAUGGUUAUUCUGUUGGUGGUGAGGAGGAGGAGGAGGAGGAGGAGGAUGAAGCAGAAGAGCUGAGGGCAGAGGACUUUGAGAGCCACAUGGAUGAGAACGGCAUCAUUGGGCUGCGAGACGCCCUGGAGGAGGUUGAACUCGGGGUGAAGGGAGACAUUGAAGAUGAGGGAGGAGGUGCUCGGUGUGCCCCCACUGGAGCCUUUGGUGGUCCAGAGGAGCCCUUUCCAGGUGGUUCCACCCCAGCCUACUCUGAAGAAGAACACAUCUCACCUGCCGCAGUAACCAAACCUUCAGGGAGAACUGGCAGAAGCGAAAAGUGCCGAACACCCAAGAACAUCUCCACGUCCUCCCCAAGCUGUCGCCCCAACCCUGCCUCUUCCCUGUCUCCUUCUCUUCCGUCUCUUCCUUCUCCUCCUUCACCGCUGCAGUCCAACGCGUAUCCCCACCUGCACCACUACUCCUCGGAGGAGCUGGCUCAGUCCGUGGGCAUCGAGGAAGAGACCCUGCCGGAUGAAGACGUCUACUCGGAGAGCCUCCCGGAGUCCUGCUGCAGCAGCAGCAGCAGCCACCACGUGAGCCAUUCCCCCAAGCCUCAUCGGUUACCGGACGUAGCAGCCAGGGAUAUGGACCCUCAGCACUGCCUAAAGGUUCGUCUUGACCCGGCACUGACGGAAUGGGAGGGGAGGCACAAACGAACCAAGGACAUGCCUGAAACGUCACGAACCGAACGGCUCAAGAGGAUGACAUCUACUCCAAGAAAAAUGCGCGCGUACUCUCCUGGAGCCUCUUCUUCUAGGCCCUCGAACCCUCCAGAACAACCUGCCUGGUCUAUAAAGAAAUACCAGGCAGCCCCACCAGAAUGUCAACAUGCCCACUACGCUCCUCAAGGUGGGAGGAUUGGUAGGAAGCCAAGAGAGAGAUCCCGCGGGACCCUGCAGACGUUCGCCAGAAAUAGAACUCCAGAACGGGAAGUCAGGAGAGAAGCUCCGAGCUUCCGUACGCCAGACUUCUCCAAGGUGGAACCAAAGGUCUACUUCCCCAAGAGCGGCUAUGAGCCCCCCAAGAGCCGCAAGUCCUGCAGGGUCAGUCUGUCCCCCGAGCCCACCCUGGUCUUCAAGUCCCCCGCGGACAUCGCCAAAGAGAUCCUCUUCAGCAGCACGGACGCCCCUCCCUCGCCACCUCCUUCUCCGUCGGCACCGGAGCAGAACUCCACCAUCUCCAUCGUCCCAGAGGACUUCAGGUGCCCUCAGCGGGCCACCCGACUGGUUGAGCAGCUUCAGGAGGACUACAACACCCUGCUGACCAGGUUCGCUGAGGCGGAGAACACCAUCGACCGCCUGCGCCUCAGAGCCAAGGUGAACCUGUACUCCGACCCUAAACGACCCGACCAGAGCUUCAAAUCCAGGAUGACCCAGGAGGGGUCAAAGGUCAUGACCCUGAGCUUUCCCCAUGCCCAGAGAGCAGUGAUGGGGUCCCACUCAGGACACCAGAACAGACAGGAGCAGACUCAACCGGCCGCCUCCCCUGGCCGUCCCUGCUCAGGGUCCUCCAGCUCCUCUAGGGGGAGCUGUGGGUCAACAAAGAGCCCCUCCAAGACGCUCCGCGCGCAGGCAAACAAGUUCCUACAGCAGGUGAAAAGAUUUGAGGACCUCAUAACGAGUGGGCAACUGGAACCCUUCGAGCGUUUGAAGGGUCUCUCCCGGCUGGUGCAGGGGCUGGACCUUCUGGAGAGAGGUUACCUGGCAGCCCGGGACGAACGCAGACACCGUGGAGUGGCGGAAGUAAGACCCUUUGACCCCAACAGGGAGCUGGAGGGGCUGAUCUUCCAGUGUGGGACGUGUGUGGAGGAGAUCAGGGAGCUGUCAGAGCAGCAGCAGUACUCCUCCAUGGCACCUCCUUCUCCUGCUCCUCGUCCCAGCUCUGGAUCCCUGAUGAGUGAGCCCACGGAGCCCCGGUCCCAACCCCAGAGCCCCGGGGUCCUGCUGCCUGGGGACACGGGGCCCCUGCUGGGGGCCGGGCGGGGGCUGAGCUGCACCAGCGGGGAGAGUGGAGGGGAGAGUGAGGAGCGUCUCCUCCUCCAGCCCUUCAGGAUGGACGAGCUGGACCUCAGCUCUUUGAGGGGCAGCUUCCAGAGCUACCAGGAGCUUCCUACCCCGGCCGAGGUCCAGAACGAGGGGGCGCGGCACUCUCCCAGGGGCCCCAGGCUGCCUCAGGACCCGGGGAGGCCCAGAGCGGCUGGAGGAGCCCAUAGGGGACCCACCCAGGGAGACUCCGCCUCCUCCGACGACAGGGCCACGCCCACCAAGCCGGGCACCAGCCAAUCGGAUCGUCCGUCUCUCAACGGGGCCGAGCGCUCCCAAGACCGGUCUCCUCCGGUUCACUCCGAGAGGCCCUCCGGUCAGCAGGAGCAGCAGCAGCAGCCUCCAGACCUCCAGGCCAGGGGGCAGAGGAUGGGCCGCUACCCCAGCAGCAGCCUCACCAGCCUGGGGGAGAGCGGAGAGUGGGAGGCCAAGAGCUCCAGGCUGGGGGGGGCGUCCAGGGGGGUGAUGUCUCAGGAUGGGAUCGUAUCUCCAGAGACCGACAGUGGCUUUGUGGGCUCCGACGGCACUCCAGCUGCAGCCAUCAGUCCUCUCCACCAGAGGGCGCCAGAGAGCCCCUCUCUCCCCCAGAACAGGAUUCCGAAGAGGCAACGAAGCAACCUCUCGGUGCAGGUCACCCUCCCCCUCCCUGCUAGUGGGGCCAGUCUAGGAAAUAAUGGCACCUCCAGGCGACCAAUGAGAAACGGCCGACAGGAGAGGAGGCGGGACUUAACUGCCGGUGCCUCUCAGCGAUUGGUGGGUCCGACGCCUCAGACCACGGCGGGCAGCGGGAGCAGUGAUCCGGGUCUGGAGUCUGAACCCUCCCACUGUGUGUCAGAGUACGAUGACGAAGACGACGAUGAAGGCCAACAAACCACAGGUUCCUCCGGCUCCCGGGGCGGCCACUCCCUGUCUUAUCACCAUGACGACCCCCACAAUGCACCAGGCCCCGGAGGUCAGAUGCCAGAUCACAAUGUCAGUGAGGCGAUGCAGGAGCUGCAGGCGGAGGUGACCCGGCUGAAGGAGAGGCUGGAGAGCAGCCUGAGAGGCAGACACACGGCCCACCCUGCCCUACCUACCAGCCCCCCCAGUCAGCCUACCAGAGCCUUCCCAGCAGCCCCCCAGCCCAGCACCUCCACCCCCCGCCUCAGCGCUGGCAGGAGCAGGGUGGAUGGAGGAGGAGGAGGAGGGUGGAGGAGGCAGGGGUGGACGGUGACAGAAGGAGCACGGGGAGAAGGCGCAGCAGACCCAGAGAGGGGCCGCUCGGCCAGCCGCUCGGCACCUUCAUCCCUCCCCCCAGACCGCCCGGCCUGGACCCCCGCACCGGACCCCCACCUGUUGGAUCAGCUCUGCUCUGCGUCCUCGUUGUUCAUUCAGUUCCACUCCUCUCUGUGUUGUUCACAGGGCCGCAGCCCGGACGGUCUGGUUCCUCGGUACCGUCUGACGAGAGUCACUCCGCCCGGCAGCUCGGACACGCUGCACGGCCCGUGGGUGAGGCCCCUGGCGCUCCCCAGGUGUGUGCCAGGUGUGGCCCCUCAGAGCCCGCUGAGCGUGUGGCCCCUCCGACAGUGCACAUGCAGGACCCGCAGCAUGUCUCCAGAGGGCCCCAGCCCGCUGCAGGCCCUCCGGGCGGCCCGGGACAUGAAGCUGACCUCCAGGCGCAUGGCGCGCUCUCUGGCCUCAGGGCUGCAGUACCAGGAAGCACUGUCUCAGUCCUGCAUCUACUAG